GAUGGGGCUGUGUAUGACACUGUUCUCAGCUAUUGAGAGGAGGAAGUUACACCACAAACACAGGUAGAUGCAAAUAGAGCAUCUGAUAGCCACAGUGUGAAAUUAUUGUCUAUUGAGGGACCAACAUGUCUGUAGAUGGGACUAAGCUAUUGUUUGAAGGCUUCCUGCAGAAAAGAAAAGAUACUUUGAAAAUACGAUGGGUGACAUAUUGGUUCAGGCUUCAAAAUACAACCUUGUUCUUCUAUACCAAGGAGAAUGGCAAUGCUUCACACUUGAGAAGCUAUUACUACAUUCACACAGUGCAGUCGGUGCGAGAGGUCCAGAGAGCUGACAGCAAGCGCUUUAUGUUUGAGAUCAUCAUGAAAAAUGGAAAGAGAAAAAUGUUGGCAGCAGAGACGGCAGCUCUCAGAAAGGAGUGGGUAGGACACUUGUGGCAAGCCAUGCAUCUCUCUACCUCUAGGGCUUCAGAGUCCAGAGGCUCGCACCUUGAAGAGUAUGAGCUGCGAGACAGAUUAAACACCAGCACACCGGUCUGCUCAGAGAGUGUCAGUAUGAUGGAGUCUCUACCUGCUCGGCCCCUCUCUGCCCCUGCUCCUUCCGUCCAAAUCCUCUGUGAAACCAGGGGUGUCACCUCCUCUGUCUGCCUGUCUCAGGAGCUGAACAGUGAGGAGGCCACAUACCAAAACAUAUCGUUUGCCUGUAACUACCAGCAUCAAAAUGGUGAUAAUCCAAACAAUCCUCAGUGGUCCAGCGGAGCACUGAGCAAUGCAGAGGAUGGACAAGAAGGAGACUAUGACUUUUUACCACCUAGAAACCAGACAUGCGAGACCAGUGUUUCAGGAGGGAUGGACGAGGGCGUAUAUGACUUUCCUCUGUCAUACAGGAGGUCUAUUGCACACCAAGACCCAACAGAGAGCAUCUAUGAUGUACCAGGGUCUCUUUUGAGGGGGACGUCUGAUCACACAAUAGAGGAGCAAAAUGAGGAGGAAGUCUACUGGAGGAUAUAAUGUCCACUUUAAGGACCACCAGUGAUGGACCGGAUGGGCAUAAUUCCUUGUACAGAAAACUGUUGGAGCUUAGUAUCUUCAUCUUUGUGUUUCAGACUUAAGCGAAACAAACGGUAUUUAUCCAAAGUGUUAAUUAAGUUUGUCGCCUUUGUUAAACUUAUGCAUGUGAGACAACAGGCACAAACACAACAAAGAGGUUCAACU